CAUAGCAAUAAAAUAAACAUGUAGAAACCGCCGUUUCUUUUACUGAAACGCGAGAUCGUAUAGCCUGCCCUUACUCUGCUUAAAGUAGCCUGCAGGUGUCAGAUACCUGUUUGAGAACAAAGACAGAUUCAGUCAAAGUCACAAAUUAAUCUAAUGGCAGCAGGACCCGCUGGCGACCUCGCCGAUGUUUCCUCCACUCCGGAUGAGAAUGAGUACCCCUCCGGCUUCCCGCACAGCAUCUGCGACGACGUUCCUCAGGACAAGUAUCUGUGCAGCAACUGCAACAACGUGCUGAAUAAAGCUCGCCAGACCAUGUGCGGUCAUCGCUACUGUCUCGCCUGCGUCAACUGGCUGGUGAGGAACAAUAAGAACCUGGUAUGUAAGAGAUGCAGAGAAGAAGAUCGAAGCCUAGAAGGUGACAACAGCAUCCUGACACCAGACAAUGUGUUCAAUGAUGCUGCCAUCAACAAGGAGAUUCUGGAGCUAAGGGUGCACUGUGCUAACCAGGGCUGCAGCUGGAGGGGUAUUCUGAAGGAUUAUGAGGAGCACCAGAGUGGGUGUGACCACGCUCUGAUUCCCUGCAACAUUGGCUGCGGCCACAUGGUGGAGAGGAAGAAGCUGGCCUCUCACCUGGCGAAGGGCUGUCCUAACAAUAUGUCUCCAUGUCCCACCUGCUCCCAAGCAAUGAGCCCGACUGAGUUGCAGAAGCACAUCUGUCAGAGUUCAGCUGUUGAGAGGCAUCCAGCCACAGCGCUAAGAGGAGAAAAGAAUCAGCUACCUUCAAGCUCUGGGGCAACAGAACAAUGCUGCUUCUCUGAAGUUGGCUGCAGAUUCAAGGGGACAGCAGAGAUGAUCAAAGUGCAUCAGGAUUCCAGCCAUGCAGGGCACCUCCAGCUGCUCCUUCAGGUCACUGCUGCUCUGCAGGCAUUGCUGCUGACAGCAAAGGCCCGCGGCCCCGACAGCCCGCUGCAGGAGGCCCUGGCUGCUCUUCAGCUGCAGGGAGGUGUGGAGCUGGAUGGGGGUGGGAUAGUGGGGGCAGAGGAUGUAGGAGUACCUGAAGAGUCUGCUACUGCUCACAGCCUGCAGGAUGACCAGGCUGCUGUCCUACUGGGGAAGCACCUGGAGGAACUACAGCAGAGGGUUGAUGUCUAUGAGAACAUCGUCACUGUCCUGAACCGAGAGGUGGAGAAGACCCAGGUUACAGUGGCAACAUUAGAGCAGCAGAACCAGAGCAACCAGGAGAUCAUCCAGCACCUGGAGAUACAGGUCUUGGAACAGCAGCGGAAGCUAGCCAUGAAGGACGUACUGAUUGCCUCCCUGCACCAGCGAAUCACAGCUCAGGAAGAUGUCUCCUACAAUGGCACCUUCAUUUGGAAACUGUGUGACAUCAGUAAGAAGAUGAAUGAGGCAGCCUCUGGACGCAGGAAUAACCAGUACUCUCCAGCGUUCUAUACCUCACGCUACGGGUUCAAGGUGUGCAUGCGGCUGUACCUGAACGGCGAUGGGGUGGGGAGAGGCACACACAUUUCCCUGUUUUUUGUGGUCAUGAAGGGGGAAUAUGACGCCCUUCUUUCAUGGCCAUUUAAGCACAAGGUCACCUUCUCCCUGCUGGAUCAGAACCACAAGGAGCAUGUGGUUGAUGCUUUCCGACCAGACCUGUCUUCCUCGUCCUUCCAGCGGCCCGUCUCUGACAUGAAUGUGGCCAGCGGCUGCCCCCUUUUCUUCCCCCUGGCGAAACUGCGUUCCCCCCGACACGCCUACAUAAAGGACGACACGCUUUUCAUCAAGUGCACCGUUGACACACUCUCCUGAGUCUGCCCGGUUGCCAUGGCAGCAUUUCAGCCACUGACUUCCUGUGUCAAAAUCUGAUUACAGCAGGAAAUUCUCUCAGAGGGAAACGGCAGCUCUUCUGACAAUUUAUAUGCAGACAAAGCUAUUAUUUAACUACAGCUUUUAUAUUUAUUGUAUUUACUUCUCUUUUUUCUAAAGUGUUUCAAGUCAGAUAUUAA